CUUUUGCCUCCUCGUUCACCAUUUUCGGUGUUUUGCCGAGGAGGAAUCAAGAAAGUGAGCGAGCAAGCUCCGUCCUUUCUGGUUUUUCUUUUCUUCCAUCCUGAAAACCAAGGAAGAAGGCGUGUUUGCCCGAUCUCCUCUACCUUCUUCCCUCUGUCAUCUCUUCGAUCAAAGAUCUAUAGCAAAUGGCGGAUGCUGAGGAUAUUCAACCCCUCGUCUGUGACAAUGGCACUGGAAUGGUCAAGGCUGGAUUUGCUGGUGACGAUGCUCCUAGGGCAGUCUUCCCCAGUAUUGUUGGAAGACCUCGACACACUGGUGUUAUGGUUGGGAUGGGACAAAAGGAUGCUUAUGUAGGAGAUGAAGCCCAGUCCAAGAGAGGUAUCCUCACCUUGAAAUACCCCAUUGAGCAUGGUAUUGUCAGCAAUUGGGAUGACAUGGAGAAGAUUUGGCAUCAUACGUUCUACAAUGAACUCCGUGUUGCCCCUGAAGAGCAUCCUGUUCUUCUUACUGAGGCUCCCCUUAACCCUAAGGCCAACAGGGAGAAGAUGACCCAGAUUAUGUUUGAAACCUUCAAUGUGCCUGCCAUGUAUGUUGCCAUCCAGGCCGUUCUCUCUCUAUACGCCAGUGGUAGAACAACCGGUAUUGUGCUUGACUCUGGAGAUGGUGUCAGCCACACUGUCCCAAUCUAUGAAGGGUAUGCUCUCCCCCAUGCCAUCCUUCGGUUGGACCUUGCUGGUCGUGAUCUCACCGAUGCCCUGAUGAAGAUCCUUACUGAGAGAGGGUACUCUUUCACCACCACUGCUGAACGGGAAAUUGUCCGUGACAUGAAGGAGAAGCUUGCCUAUGUGGCUCUUGACUAUGAGCAGGAGCUUGAGACUGCCAAGAGCAGUUCAUCAGUUGAGAAGAGCUACGAGCUGCCUGAUGGGCAAGUGAUUACCAUUGGUGCUGAGAGGUUCCGGUGCCCUGAGGUUCUAUUCCAGCCAUCCUUGAUCGGAAUGGAAGCUGCAGGAAUCCAUGAGACUACCUACAACUCCAUCAUGAAGUGUGAUGUUGAUAUCAGGAAGGACCUGUAUGGAAACAUUGUGCUGAGUGGUGGUUCAACUAUGUUCCCUGGUAUUGCUGACCGUAUGAGCAAGGAGAUCACAGCUCUUGCUCCUAGCAGUAUGAAAAUCAAGGUGGUGGCACCACCUGAAAGAAAAUACAGUGUAUGGAUUGGAGGGUCAAUCCUUGCUUCUCUCAGCACCUUCCAGCAGAUGUGGAUCUCUAAGGGAGAGUAUGAUGAAUCUGGCCCCUCAAUUGUUCAUCGGAAGUGCUUCUGAGUUCAGCAAGGUUGUUGGUGAUGAGUCGUUUUAUUUUAUUCAGUUGGCUUUCUGUCAUGUGUCAUGUGUCAUGUGAACUCAGUAUGGUUGAGCAGCAAGAUCUGAGAGUUUAUGGUUAUUUGAGGGAACAGAAGAGGGGUAUGCUAUAAAUUUGCCGCUUCAUGGUUUCUCGUAGUAGAACAUUAUGCAUUCAUUCUUAGUAGAGCGGGAUUGAGGAGCCAAAUCUCUAUUUGCAAUGGUUGGCUUUUUAUAUGGAGUGCAGAUGGUACUCUUGGUUCUCUUUUGCCUCUCCUUUUUUAUCUCUAAUUCAGCCAUUCUAGUAGGAGGGAGAAUUUGAUGUUUUUAAUUCCAUUCUCUUUUUCUCUUUCGAGGGUAGAGUUUUUGGGGGCAGUUGUGUUAAUAUUUAUUAUAUGAGAAAUCUGAUUUCAAUGUCAGUUUGCAGUUAUGGAACCAUUUAUUUCUUAAUGAUAUGAUAUUAUUAUUAUGGUGCAA